AUAACAAGGCGAUGGUUCACCCCUGCAGCUGCAACCGAGAUGGUAGGAAAACCGAGAACUGGCAUUGCUGCUCGCCGGAGGAAGGGGAUGGUCGGUGGUGGAAGGAGGCGGCGAUGGCGGGAAGAGCCGACGACGGCCUUCGGCGGUGCUCGGGGUGUUAGGAUUAGGGUUAGGGUUAGGGAUUUGUGAGUUCUUGACGGCGGCGCCCUGCUUUGGAUGCUGAGAGAACGUUUUGUAUUGUCUUCAUUGCUUCCGGAUUCAGGUAAGGACUUCAUUCAGUUGUUUAUUUGUUCUUUUUGAUUCUUUAGGGUUUCGGUUCGGUCGAUUUCUUUUCAGUUUAUUGCUUUAAGUCUGAGUAAGAUCCCUUUUCGAUUCACAUUGUAGUUGUGAAUGAAAACUAUAAUUGUUUGUCAAAGCAAGAAUUGAUGAGAAAAUUGAAUUUCAAAUGAAUUGCAAAAAAAAAAUGGAAGAUAAGAAUGGAGAGAAAUCUCCCACGAGCCUAGGAGCCAAAUUAUUUCAUUCCAUUCAAUUUUAACAAUUGCUAAAUGCAUAUUUAUAAAAUAAAAAACAAUUGCUAAGUACUACAUUGGAAUGCUAUUCUGAUCUGGGGGAAAAGAAUCAACACUAUCUAGUUCAUACAAUUUAGUUUGCUUUUAUAAUUUUACCAAGAGAAUCAUUUAAGUAGUCGCUUUUAGUCUGCUUUUUAUAAUUUUAUAAAGCUAGCUACUUACUGAUGAAAGAAUCAAUGAAAAACUUGUUGAUCGUGAAAAUGCCAAAAUUGCAUUUAGGUUCAGAAACUUUUUGAAGUAGUAUAUUUUGAGAAGACUUUUAAUUAAGAGAACUUCUAGUCCACAUGCAGAAUCACCAAGACUUUACUUGGAUUUAAAUUCUUCUGUUCAAUUUUUGUUUAUCUAAUCUUGUUUAUGACAUACAUGCUGUAUGUUAAAUAUUUUGGUCAUCUUUCUCCUGUGGUAGGACUUGUGAUAUUUCUGAUUACCAAUGUUUUUUGGGUCUAUUUGCAACCAAAUAUGCCAUAAUGUCUAACAAAAUUAUUACGAUGGAAUUUUCAGACUCCCUAGUCUCCAUACAAGUUGUAGAGUAGAGGCCUAAUUUCUAUCCAAAGUUGAACGGCCAACAUUAUUUUCAUGGCUAGCAUUCUUUCAGUACAAUGUUUAACUUCCAUGGUCCUCUGUUGUAUUAUAUAAUUGAUACAAAACUACGUCCAAAUUCCAAUCCAGGACUCCCAAGUCUUUAAGUCUUUUUUUUAUUCUCUUUCCACGCCCUUCAUUAUUCUUUGAAUUAUAAAGAAAAAAGACAUGUCCACUAAGUCUUCAAAGUCAUGCAAGACUUGGUAUGUGCACAAGUCUACCACCACAACAUUUCAAAGUCAUCGCCUGUUCAACUCUUCUUUCUUUCAAGUCCUUUUUUUUCCCAAUUUUUAUUUUAUUUAUUUAUUGUUUUUUGCCCUCUCAAGUCCUCCUUUUCUUUCUUUGUUUUUUUUGGGGUCUCCUUUUGUAUGAUGCACUAUUCACUUGAUAUGAGUGGGAUUCAAAUUUUUAUUUUUUUAUUUUUCCAAUAAGCUAGCCAGGUAGAAAGAACCUAUUUAGGGUCUAAAAUCGAUCUAGUACUUCUGUAUUGAAAAUGUUCACUGCAGAGCGAAGAUAUAGAUAUCAACUUCGACAUGAUCCUAUCAGAUUAAAGUUUUAAUAUGAGCUUGAAUCGCACUCAUAUCAUGUCUGCACUACUUGGUUGGCUCUCUAGUAAAAACUGAUUUGUCAAAAUAAAGAUUGGGCCUUGUCUAAUACUUGAAACCUAUGUUAGUUUAUGAUAAUCUAGCAUGUUCAAAAGAUUUUUCUGUAAUUGAAGUACUUCUCUCCUGUAAAAAUAGUUAACUUCCAACCAUCUCCAUAAUCCUGAUUUUUCGAGAGUACGUAGACAUGACUUUCCAACAUUCAGAGCCACAGAAAAGAUUUCAUCAUAAUUGCAUUAUUCACUACCGAUGGACUAAGGGGGUGUUUGGUUACAUUUCUAUAAAUUAUAGGAAAUGUUUUCCAUCCCAUUGAUUUCCUUGUAUUUCUUAAAAAAAUUAUAGGAAAAGUUUUGAGAAGUUAAAAAGUACAAAUUUUCUUAUUUUUUGGAUUGUGCUUGUUUGGUUCAAAACAAGAAAAUGAGAAAUAACUUUUGGAAAAAUAGCAACAUUUCCUAUAAUUUAUAGAAAUGUAACCAAACACCACCAACUUUAUAGAAAAGUGAGAACUUUGUAGAAAAGAGUUAAUGAGUUUUAUUAUUUAAAUAAUGAAUGCGUCAGAUUUCCAAGAGAUUUCCUCCCAUUUUAGAAGGAAAUCAAUUUCCAUAAAAUUUGGUACUUUUCUGUACUUUACAGAAAACAUUUCUGUAAAAUUUUUUGGAGCCAAACACAGUUUAUAGAAAUGUAUAGAAAACUCUUAAUUACAUAAAUGUACUUUUGAGAAAACCUUUCUCAAAAACAAUGCAACCAAACACCCCCUAAGUUUAAUGAGUCCAUGAAAGUCUUCAACACCACAAAUAUUUCAACAUCUCAAUCACCAUACUCUGUCUAUAAUACAUCUCCUGCUCCGCACACCGCCCUCCCUCUAUGUACUCUUCCCUCCAAUGAGUUCCCAUCACCGCCCCCUCCUCCCCCUCCUCCUCUUACUUCUACUCUCCUACGCCGGUAACUCUACCGACCCCUCUCAAUGCUCCUCCCUCCUAAACCUGAAACGAUCCUUCAGCUCUGCAGACCUCGGCACGUGGAAGCCUGACACAGACUGCUGCGGGUGGGACGGCGUCCUCUGCGACCCAGUCUCGGGCCUGGUCGUCGCCCUCGACUUAAGCCACCGCGUCAUCGCCGGUAAGCUCACCGCCGGUCUCUUUAAUAUCACCUCCCUUCGAAAGCUCAACCUUGCGUAUAAUGUGUUUGAUGAAAUUCCUAUUCCGAAUGAAAUUGGGUCGCUUUUAAAUUUGACCCAUCUUAAUUUAUCAAACGCUGGGUUUGCUGGGCAAGUGCCCGUUGGGAUUGCGAAGUUGACGAACUUGGUGUCGCUUGAUUUGUCGACGAUUUCCUUGGUUCAGAGUUCUCUUAGCCUUGUGAAUCCUAAUCUCGAAACUUUGAUUGGGAAUUUGAGUGAGUUGAGAGAGUUGAAUCUUGAUAGUGUAAACAUUUCGGCAAAUGGGCAUCGGUGGGGCGCAGCGGUGGCGAAAUCUACUCCGAAACUGACAGCUUUGAGCUUGACGAGCUGUUCGAUCACUGGGCCUAUUGAUUCUUCACUCUCGAAGUUGAGCAAUUUGUCGGUGGUUCGAUUGGAUCAGAAUGAGUUGAAUUGCGGUGUGCCUGAUUUCUUCGGAAAGUUGUCUUCUUUGAGUGUGGUUAGUCUCAGUUUUUGUGGGCUUACUGGAAUUUUCCCAAAGGAUGUGUUUGUCUUGAAGAACUUGACAAAUAUUGACUUGUCGUAUAAUCUGAUGCUUUCUGGGUCAUUGCCAGAUAUCUUUAGUGACAGUAGGUUGAAUAGUUUGGUGCUAUCCGGGUCGAAUUUUACUGGGUAUUUGCCGAAUUCUAUAGGGAAGCUGAAAUCUCUGACAAGAAUGGAUCUUUCCGAUUGUGAAUUUUCAGGAGUCAUACCCUUUUCAGUAGGCAACUUAAGCCAAGUGGUUCAUUUGGAUCUAUCGAUGAAUAAUUUCACUGGUCCAAUCCCUUCUCUUCUGCCACCAAGAGUGUCUGAGCUGAUACUUUCACACAAUAGGCUGACUGGUCCUAUCCCUUCAUCUAUCGGAAAGCUUGAGCAUGCAGUGAAGAUUGAUUUUUUAUCUCUAUUUGCUUUCCCAUUGUUACAAGAAGUGCAAUUGAGUAUGAACCAACUUUUGGAUGUUGAAGAAUUAAAAAAUGGAUCAUCUCACUUGGCAACUGUGGAUUUGAGCAAUAAUCUAUUGCAAGGAGAGAUUCCAAGGUCAGUCUUUCAGCUCUCGGGGCUUAAAGUUCUUACCCUCGCAUCGAAUAAUUUUAGUGGGACAGUCGAAGUUGAUUGGUUUACCGCUCUUAGUAACCUCUCGAGUCUGGAUCUAUCAAAUAAUAGGAUUUCGGUAGAGGAUAAGGGUGGUAAUGGUUCUAUCCCCAAAUUUGGCACGUUGAUGUUAGCUACUUGCAAUUUGACCAGGAUUCCAAGUUUCUUAAUGCAUCAAGAUCAGAUGGGCAUCUUAGACCUCUCAAACAAUAAAAUUCAUGGUGCAAUACCCAAUUGGAUAUGGAAUAUUGGGAAGAAUAGUCUGACGUAUUUAAACCUCUCUUUCAACAUGUUCACCUCUGUUGAAGGUCCUCUUCCAAAAGGUCCUCUUCCAAAAUUCAAAAAGAAUACAGCGAUAACUCUUGAUCUCCAUUCGAACUUGCUCAAAGGGCCUAUUCCACUUCCCCCAACAAAUGCCAUCAUUCUUGAUUACUCGAACAACAGCUUCUCGUCUUUUAUUCCACCGGAACUCACCUCCUACCUUAAUUUUACCAUUUUCUUUUCACUUGCUCACAAUAACAUAACGGGAGAGAUUCCACCAUCAAUUUGUAAUGCAAUCAAUCUCCAAGUCCUUGAUUUCUCUGACAACAAUUUGAAUGGUUUGAUACCUCCAUGUCUUUUGGAAAGUUAUAAUGAACUCGGAGUGCUAAACUUAGGAGAAAACCAUCUUCGAGGAAGUAUUCUUUGGAACAUUAGUGAAGAAUGUGGGUUAAGAACAAUAAAUUUGUAA